AUGAUUCUGCCUGCUAAAGGUAGCAAAGCAAAGACUACAAUAUUGAUUUCUUUGGAUGGUAUUGGAUGGCAGUUUCUCGGGAAUARCAAAACUGACACGCCUAACUUUGAUUUUCUUGCUCAAACUGGUGUGAAGUCCAAAAAUAUGAUAACCGUGAAUCCMACGUAUACACUACCGACYCAUGUGACUUUCGUAACUGGACUUUAUCCCGAGAGCCAUGGGAUUGUUUCCAAUAAUUUUUACGAUCCUGGUCUGGAYGCGGAGUACUUUCUAAACACUGACUGCUCCUAUUUCAAUCCCAUAUUUUACCAGCAAUCAGAGCCCAUAUGGUCGACGAUGGAGAAGAGAGGAAUAAAAACUGGUGCGUAUUUUUGGCCAACAAGCACGAGCUUCUCUCAACGGCCAUCAUAUCAUGCCGAACAUGUUUGUAUUUUCAACUGCUCUUAUUACACAACAAGAUCACUCAGGAACUUGCGAAAAAGAAUUGGUACAAAUCAUUGUAAAUUUGAUGGCGUUACAAAUCCAUUUUGGUUGCGAAUAGAAAUUGCAAUUCGCUGGAUUAAGUCCAGUAGUCCACCACGUUUGGUAUUGCUCUAUUUUGACUAUGCAGAUGCCAAAGGGCAUGAUUAUGGACCUAAGUCAAYCCAGUACCUCAAAUCUAUAGAAUACGUCGAUCGAUAUGUACUUGGGUAUCUUAUUGACAGACUAAAAGAAUCUAAUUUGCUCGAUACUACCAAUUUAGUGGUUGUUUCCGAUCACAGUAUGGCUGAGGUCAGUUCUGAAAGAUUUAUUGAUUUGUCCAAGGCCAUUGACCCAUCCAACUACGUCAUCAACAAACCAGGAAUAUGGCCAAUUGGUGGAAAUUCUGUCGAAAAAGUCCUCAACGAUUUGAAACGCUUAAAUAACUCACAUAUYAACUUUUACAAAAAGGAAGACAUCCCGGAAAGUCUGCACUGGAAGCAYAAUAGGCGUAUYCCACCAAUAUACGCUCAACCUGAAAUUGGAUGGACUUACGAGAAAAUGCUCUGGACUAAGGGAUACUGGCUUGGUGGUUCUCAUGGCUGGGAGCCUUCACAAGAAAUGGGAGCUAUUUUCUACGCCAGAGGACCUUCAUUCAAAGAAGGAUUUUAUGAUAAUGGAACUCUUCGCGCCAUUGAUCUCUAUGAGCUGUUAUGCCAUCUUGUUGAGAUUGAGCCACGCCCUAACAAUGGUUCACUACAGAAUAUGUUACAUCUUUUGAAGGAAACUUCAGCAAUUCCGGUAAGGGAYUCGAGCGCAAAUGAAACAAAACAGGCCAUUGACAAAAAAUCCAACGAUACAGCAAAAMUUAUAAACAUUAAUAGUGGAAAAUUGAAACUAGGAAGUGAAAUCAGAGGUAAUGGAGCACAAAUCAAUGAAGGAAAGCGGCUUACCCACAUAAUGAUUAACCUUGCUGUAUCAUUUAUUACGUGUUAUUUCAAUAGGUACAAGUAAUSAAUCAAUGAUUUUAAUGACUUUAUUUGAAUAAUGCAAGUAAUAUAUACACUAUGCAUUAUGUUUUGUACCAAGUGUAUGUUUUAUCCUYUUGAUAACCAGAUAUAAUCGAUUUCAGAUAAAUUAAAGUAAUCAAUUAUCGUUCAUCCGCCGUAAUAAAUGAGAUAAAUCAGUUAAUUAUAUCCAUUUUGAAAUCACUAGCAAAUCUAGAAAUCUGAUUGGUUCAAAACAAAUAAAUUGCAUCUUUUUUCCAGCCAAUCACAAUGCAAAACUAGUAAAAGAUAACCAAUUAUAUUACAUGAUUCUGUGUAGUUAACCAAUCAGACCGCAGCAAAAAAGAACACACAAAAUGUACAUUUUUUUAGGGUUUUUUUUACAGCAAUUUUUUAAUGCAAAUAUAAGUCAUAGAGCAAAUUGGAUUAUUUCAGUUCUUACUUGAACAUAAACUGCUCGUUUGAAAUUUGUCAAGUCCGUAGUUUUUCUCGAAGUGAAGUGACAUGACCUGUCAGGCGUUUACGAAUUUUAAAUGAGAUGUAAAAGACUUUCCGGUUCCGGUUYUAACAAAGUCAGUUAUUUGUUUAAUAAGCACUGYAUUAAGUACAAAUUUGAUMUUUUUUAUUAGGAUUUCAAAAUGGAUAGAAUUAAGUGGUCAUUGAACUUCGUUUCGUGCAAUUUUGGUCUGAAAGYAAACUUCUGCUUCGCSGUCGUGCGAUUUUGUAAUCGCUCKUUAUAUUUCAGACAAAAAUUGCACUCCACUCAGUUCAAUUACCAUUAUKAAACAGAAAUAAAUAAAUAUAGUCAUUAUAUGCAGGAAAUAUAAAAUCAUUAAAUAUCAACAAUAAUGGAUACAGAGAUCGAUCUCUGAUUGGUUGGAUUGCUUGGAAAUAUCAGCUCAUAUUCCGAUAUCACGAAAACGCAUAUAAAAACCAUUGAAAAUUGAAAGCCAGAACUUUGAGAUUAGUUAUACAUUWGAUAUAUAGCUGAAUGUAAAUAGUUUACAUAAGAAUAAUAUAACUCUUGUAAUUGUCUACAUAUAGAGUUCCUAUCGUUGCCAAGUAAAUAUAGCCCUUGCAUUACCAGGUACUUAWACUUUUAAGUUUAUUUCAGUCUUCCUUCAGUCCUAUACUGCGAAUUGCUAAAUUAACUGCAAGACUUAUUAAAGUUACUUCAUGCCU